UGCGCAGCUCUGCCUGUCAACCCCCGUGCCGGAUCUGAAGCGCGUGUUCCCUGCCAGCAUUCGCCAAUGAAUGGCGCGAUGGCCGCUUCAUCUAACCGGAUCAUGCUCGGCCCUCUUGUAGCAGCAAUCGACCAGGGCACUAGCUCUACUCGGUUCUUGGUGUUUAACGCAAAAACUGCAGAGCUGCUUAGUCACCAUCAAGUCGAGAUUCAGCAAAGUUUCCCUAAAGAGGGCUGGGUGGAAGAGGACCCCAAAGAGAUUCUGCAGUCUGUGUACGAGUGCAUGGACCGAACCUGCGAGAAACUGACGCACCUUAACAUCGAUAUCUCCAACAUCAAAGCUGUCGGUGUAACCAAUCAGCGAGAAACCACACUGGUCUGGGAUAAAGAAACAGGCGAGCCACUUUACAAUGCGAUCGUGUGGCUGGAUCUGCGCACACAGUCCACUGUGGAGAGACUCAUCAAAAACACGCCAGGAAGGAACAAAAAUCACCUGAAGCACAAGACUGGUCUUCCCAUCAGCACCUACUUCAGUGCGGUGAAGCUACGCUGGUUAAUGGACAACGUAGAGGAGGUGCGCAAGGCCGUGCUUUCACACACAGCCAUGUUCGGGACCGUUGACUCCUGGCUCAUAUGGUGCCUAACUGGUGGAAAGAAGGGAGGUGUCCAUGUUACAGACGUGACCAAUGCAAGCAGGACCAUGCUCUUCAAUAUACACACUAUGGACUGGGAUCCUGACCUCUGCACCUAUUUUGGCAUACCGAUGGAAAUUCUGCCAAAAGUCAGGAGUUCUUCAGAGAUCUACGGUUUAAUGAAAAUCAGUUCUAGUCUGAAAUCUGGUCCACUGACUGGUAUUCCAAUAUCAGGGUGUUUAGGGGACCAAUCUGCCGCUCUUGUGGGACAGAUGUGCUUUCAGGACGGCCAGGCCAAAAACACUUACGGGACUGGCUGCUUCCUACUCAGAAACACGGGAACAAAGCCGGUGAUGUCCGAUCACGGCCUCUUAACAACAGUAGCGUAUAAACUGGGGCGAGACAAGCCAGCCUGCUAUGCAUUAGAGGGUUCAGUGGCUAUAGCAGGGGCGGUGGUGCGCUGGUUGAAAGAUAACCUCGGGAUUAUCGAGAGUUCCACAGAGCUCGAGAACCUGGCCGCUGGGGUCGGCACCUCGUACGGCUGCUACUUUGUCCCUGCGUUUUCGGGUCUUUACGCCCCCUACUGGGAACCCAGCGCCAGAGGAAUCAUCUGCGGUUUAACUCAGUUCACCAACAAGAGUCACUUGGCCUUCGCUGCUCUUGAAGCAGUCUGCUUUCAGACACGAGAGAUCCUGGAUGCGAUGAAUCAGGACAGUGGGAUUCCUCUGACUCAGCUGCAGGUGGACGGAGGCAUGACCUCGAACAGACUCCUCAUGCAGCUCCAGGCUGAUAUUCUCUGCAUUCCAGUAGUGAAGCCGUCCAUGCCGGAGACGACCGCACUCGGAGCAGCCAUGGCAGCAGGAGCAGCAGAGGGCGUCAGUGUGUGGAGUUUGAAUCCCGAGGAUCUCACUGAUGUCACUUCUGAGAAAUUCGAACCCCAGAUCAAUCCAGAGGAGAGCGAGUUCCGUUAUGCUCGCUGGAAGAAAGCCGUCCAGAGAGCCAUGAACUGGGAGACGACAGAGCCAAUCAACAACGGAAACGAGGAAUCUAGUAUCUUCAGUUGUGUUCCCCUGGGCUUUUACAUUCUGGGUAGUAUGUUUAUGUUAGUUGGAGCAAAAUACAUCACAGGAUUCAAGUAGACUUCACGACUCCUCUUCGAUGUUCAAUAACGAGAGAAGAAAAGUAGGAUUCAAGGUAAAGUGUCCAGUCACUCUCAUGCUGUUCCAAACUGGACAUUCCGGCUGUAGCUGCUAAGCUUACAACUUCACUCUCCAGGGAAUGUCAGACAACUGAUUUAAUCUCUACCUGACCUCGAAAAACAAUGAAGGAAGAUUUGUUUUUAACUUUUGGUACCCGGUUGCUGUAGCUGGUGAGUCGCAAAAUUGGUGACCUGAAACAAUUUCUACGAAGAAAACUUUUCUGAAGCUGUAAAGCUGGCCGAGAAAACACCUUCAUCUGACCAGAGCGGUUGGCUUAUAGCUCGUUGAUCUUCUUUACGGAGAUGAUUACAUUUACCACGUGUACCUCCAUGUGCGUUUGUUGGAAUGUGUUGUAAAUUCGAACAACUUUUAAUCGCUCCAUGUCGUAUUUAUCAACUUGGGUUCAGUCCAUAUUUAAUCAUAUCACACGCUUUAGAAGGUGCCAAUAGUUGUUUUCUGUAAUAUCUCUGAGAAACGGUGCAAGAUAUGAGAGCACUUGGGUACAAAUUAAGACACGCACUGUAUCAGUAGUUACUGUAUCAGACGAUUUUACCGUCAUGGGGUUCCUGUUGGUUUUUGAACAAAACUGUGCAUUACUUUUCUGUUACUGUGAAACCCAAAAUACAAUCUGGAGGUUGGGGGGGGGGAACUGAGACUCGAUCCAAACAUAUCUUUUCAAGUUCCUGCUCUGACGUCAAAAACACUAUAAUACAGAAAUACAGGGAAGGAAAAAAAAAACACUUCCUGAUAGUCUUAUACAGUAUUUACAUUUUUUUUGUUAAACAGUGAUGUCUCUGACCUAGAGACUGUGCUUUCCCAGAAUGCACUGUGCACAUACAUCACUUUUUAGUCCUCGAAACAGCAUGAAAUAACAUUCGAGUCGAUGUGUAUUAAAAUAAUGAUGAUAAAACGUUAGUUAUGUCAUCUGAACCAUAUAGUUAGAGGUCAGGUUUUUGUUCCUGGCUAACUCUUUUUUUUAAAUAACCAAUUAUCGUUGGCUUACUAUGAACUAGGCUUCCAUAGAAUAAAUAAACCAUGAUGUUAUCUUCUUUGUGAUGAGGUAUGUGUCAAGCUCCUUCCAAAACUGAUGCCAUUUGUGCCUCUGCUAAAUUCAGUUAUCUAUGUUCAUAAGAUUACAUAAGCGCUUUGUGAAAACUGAUAGAAACCUACAUUGACUUUUAUAAAGGAUCCUGGUGUAAAGGCAGCGCUCGUUAGUUUUCUCUCAUGAUCUCACAUGACAUUGGAUUUUGACAUGUUUUUGCUAAAAGUAACAGAAUAGUGUAACGGAUUGGCAAUUUUGAUUGACAUUUGAUUAGCUAGUUACAGUGGGACCUCUAAAAUGGUGGGAUAUAUUAGGCAGCAAGUGAACAGAUUGAAGUUGAUGUGUUGGAAGCAGGAAAAAUGGGCAAGUGUAAUGAUCUGAGUGACUAUGACAAGCCAGAUUGUGAUGGUUAGACGACCUUCUCCGAAACAGCAGGUCUUGUGGGGGUGUUCCUGGUAAACAGUGAUUAGUGUCAAACUAAAGUGACCCAAGAAUGGACAAGCGGUGAUCCAGCAACACGUUCAAGGCUUAUGGGUGUGAGGAACAAAGAGUAGCCCAUCUUGUCCGAUCCCACAGAAGAGCUACUGUAGCACAAAUUGCUGAAAAGUGCAUCUCUGCUUGCUGUGUAUGAGGCAGUGUAGCUGCAGACUGGUCAGAGUAGCCAUGUUGACUCCUGACCACUGAAUGGUCAUGUGAGCAUCAGAACUGGACCAUGGAGCACUGGAAGAAGCUGGCCAGGUCUGAUGAAUCUCUUUUUUUUUUUUUUACAUCAUGUGAACAGCUGUGUGUGUGUGUGUGUACGUAACUUACCGGGGGAAGACCUGGCACCAGGAUGCACUAUGUGAAGAAGGGAAGAGAUGAUGCUCUGUCAUCUGUCAAUCACAGCAGCACUAGGAAAUCGUGUGUGUGUGUCUGAAGUCAUGUAUGCGGAAAGAGCUAGACGGCAUUUUUCUCCGAGUGUGUAUAGCGACAUGAGCAGCAGUUUAAAAAGGAUUGCUGCCAUCACUCAUCUCAGAGAAAGCACCUUCAUCCUCUCUUUCUGGUAGCUGGUGUAUGAUUGGGAGAGAAACUACUGUGUCCAGAAACAGUGAAAUAACACCAUCUUUUUUCAAUCUGUUUUUUGUGCGAGUUUGUUGUGUCAAAUUGAUAAAAGCAGGUUUUUUUCAAUAAAUAUGGUUUGUCAGUUGUCAUAAAGUGCUUAUAUACAGUAGGUGUCAUUUAAUUCUUUGAGAACUGUUCUUAAGUAGUGUUAACAUCAUUUUGGGUUUUUUUCUUUUGUGUAUGUGUUUUAGUAAUUAUGGCGAUGGUAUCGAUCGUGCCAUUAAAUCUAUUUUUUUCGGGAUCACUCCUAGUUAUUUAUUCUGACGAUGAAGGUCCUUGAAGAAUUAUUUGUUUUUUCCGAGGUCAAAAGCCAAUGAACUUUAUUGCUUUGCACAUGUUUUAUACAGAACCUAUUAGUUAGUGUCACCAUAGUGUCAUGUAAAUUUUUCUAUUUUUUUUUUUUUUUUGUAGCUUUGUAAAAGGGACUUUUUAGACAUUUGUGUGUUUAAAAAGAAUUUCUAAUAUAUUCAUGUGAAUUUUUAUUUAUUCUUUGUUUUUUUUAAUGUACUUGACCCAUAUACUGUUAUAGCACAUACUGGUAGCCAGUGUUACUGAUGUGUUUUGCCUCAAAUCAUGCACUUUGCACGCUUCUAGAGCAAGCCCUCUGAUAUUAAACUGUAAAAGUGUACUAUUAAUACUUGAUGUACUGGCUUUUACACCCUGUUUUACACAGUGGAUGGAGGUAAGGCAGUUUAGAAAUCUUUCAAUUAAUGAUCCACUGAGCGAGAAUAAUACAACACCACAGAAUAAAAUGCAAAAGAAAAGAGGGUUAGAAAUAAUGAUAGUGAUAGUAUGAUGUUAGCUUUCAAAAAUGUGCUACGUAGAAGUGCAUAGUGCAGGAUUUGAGAGACUUUUUAAGGAUUUCUUUUGUUUGUUUUUGUGGGUUUAUUGAUUUUUUUUUUUUUCUUCUUUUUUUUCAAGAAUUAUAUUGUUCAUGUUGGUACAAAUGUACAUUUUGUACAUUUUGCUUGAAAUUCCCUCAAAUGUAAGCAUUAGCUUUUGCUGCACAUUAAAACGGUAGACUUGGUUAA